AACUCACAACUAAAGGCUUCCGUAUUGGGAAUCCCAACGUCAAUGAUUCUCCUUCAAAAGAGAUCCAGACGUAGAGUAAAACAUAGCACAGUCACGUAAUAUUGCGCGAGGCCCAGCGACAAUGGAGGGGUUUCGAUAUCUACUGCUCUACCUGAGCCUCAGCCUGGCUGGAUCUUGUAAAGGAAAACCCGUAGAGCUCGCUCAGACUCUGGAGAACGACAUGGACGAAGAGGACAUCCUGAAUUCCAGGCUGGAGAGGUUUCUGGGGAGCAUGAAGGAAGACUUCCUGAGGAUGCUGAACCUGUCAGGGGUUCCUCAGGAGCAGAGGAGGGUUCAGCCUCCUCCUUUCAUGAUGGAGCUCUAUAACAAAUACGCUACGGAUAAGUCCUCCAUCCCGCGCUCCGACGUCAUCCGCAGCUUCCUUUUACAAGACGUGACCCAAUCAGCUACGAGCGAAAACAGGACGGCACACAGGCUACUGUUCAAUGUUUCAGUGCCUCAUUUCGAAGAGGUCACUAUGGUGCAGCUGCGACUCUUCACGUUGUGGGAAAGAGGUCAAACGGCCUGCGACGACGCUUUCACUUCCAUCAGCGUUUACGACGUGGUGCACAAGCAGAGCCAGGAGAACCUGCGCCUUCUGGACAAGAGAGACCUCAGUGACCCAGAGCCCACUUGGGAGGCCUUUGACGUAACGAGCGCUGUCCACGGCUGGCUCAAAUCGAGGUGCGGAGUAGGUGAGCUAGAGGUUGAGGUAGAACGUCGGGGCUGCGGGUCGUUUAAAGGAGGUGGUUACAACAUCAGCCUGAAUCCGGAGGACAGCACCUCACCGGUUCUGAUCGUCUUCUCAGACGACAUCGAGAACAGGAAGAGGCAGGCCAAAAGCAAGGCCAAGGAGGUGAUGAGUCAUGAAGACGAGAGCUUUUUGCUGAAGGUGGACGCCUUGGAGGAAUACGACGGCGAGGUCCACCUGGACCCGCGUCCCAGGAGGAGAAAGAGGCAGGCGCAGAGGAACUACUGCCGGAGAACCUCGCUGAGGGUGAAUUUCAAGGACAUCGGCUGGGACCAGUGGAUCGUGGCUCCGCCCGAGUACGAAGCCUAUGAAUGCAAAGGGGUGUGCUCGUUCCCCCUGACCAAUGACGUGACCCCUUCCAAACACGCCAUCAUCCAAACUCUGAUGCACCUGAGCAACCCCAAAAAAGCCAACAAGGCCUGCUGUGUGCCAACAAAGCUGGACCCCAUAACGGUCAUGUACCAGGACAAUGGCGUCAUCACCGUGCGGCACCUGUACGAGGAGAUGAAAGUGGCUAAAUGCGGCUGUAGAUAAUGACCACAUCACCACGUCUCCUUCUUAAAGGGUCACUCUGGCCUGGACGACAAGUUUGACCAUGGCUGCGUCUGUUGUAAACAAGCCUGCUCAGCUUCUACAGUGGUGCUCCAGUCGCCUCUAGAGAGAGUUUUUCCAGUUUAAAGACUAAGCCCCGCCUUUUGAUGAUGUAUCCUGAAGGUGGGAGGAGCUUUGGAAAAGCUACUGCUUUGGGGUGGACUGUUUUCAUGUUUUUCCCCCGCUUGCUGGCUAAUGCAGAGAUAUAGAAGACUGGCUACCACGUCUGUAUUUAUUUAUAUAUUAUAUUAUAUAUAUAUUGUAUUAUGUAUAUUUCUAUACUUGUUUUCAGUCAUUUUAUCCAGUAAAAUUGUCUAAUUAUUGGCCGAUCCUUUAGCUUUUUUUGCAAGUAUUAUGCAAAAAUUGUUAAAGCUCAAUAUAAGUUCAAUAACGGCCCCUUUUGAAUUCGCUGUUUUUGUGAUGUCACACCAACAAACUAAUUUACAUACAUCCUCCUAUUCAGCCUACAGCAGCCUAGCCCCACCCACUCACACUGAGGUUAUAAGGAGUGUUUCAGUCUGGACUGUUUUUAAUAACACGCAGUACGGGGCAGCCAAUCAGAACAGAGCUCAUUUACAUACCAGUCUUAAAGGUACAGUAACUAAAACAGCCUUAGGGAUAAAGAAAAGUUGGAAAAUGGUCAUUAUGACAAAAAAGAUAAGAGAAGAAAAAUGUAAAUGCCCUUUAAAAUAAGUUAAAUAAUCUUAUAAUACUUCCCAAAUGUUUCAAAAUAAUAUAUAUUAGAUUUAUUGAAUAGAUUUAAGAUGCUUUCACUUGCCAAGGUAUCUUUUUUGUAAUACAUGUAUGGCAUGCUGGGGAUUGUAGUGAGAAAAUAUGGACCAGAACAAACAAAACUGUGAAUUCUGUCAAACUGAAGCGACUGGCGGUGCAAAACACAGCAUCCUGUGAAGUGAAAUGAUCUUAAAUCUCAUCAAUACCUCUAAUAUUUCUCAUGUUGAGACUGCUGUGAGGGUAUUAUAAGAUUAUGCCCUUUAUUUCGCGAUAUUUUGUACUUGUUUAAAGUCAUUUUAUCCAGUUAAACUGUCUACACUGUAUCGUUUUGCUUGUUCUGCCACUAUAAUGAGAUAAACUCACUUGCCAAGAUGCCAUUUUUUGCAGAGCAACAGGACAAAGCAACAUGUUAACCUAUGUAGUUUAGGCUGGACUUGCCCUUUAACUAGGUUACUUAUUUAAUUAAAAGAAAGCAUAUUGGUUGUAUUGAAAUGCAUAAUAUUAAAACAGACAUUAACAUAUAUUAAAGUGAUCUGAAUGCUUGUACAAAUCUAAUAAAUACAGCAUUAUGAUGUUAUUCAUCAGUCAACACUCAAUUAUUACUCUUUUUUCCAUUUUCUCUGUAAUUACACUGUACUUUCUCAUGUAACAUGUAAAUAGGAAAUAUGAUUUAUGCCUUUCUGUAUUUUAUAAUAGAAUUCUGUGGUUACAUCACUGUUAUAUGCGCUACAGGCCAAAGCAUGGAAGCACGUUUGUACAAUAAAGUCAGUUUAACAACAGCUUACACCACACAACAUGUUUAUGACCUGUUUAUGACUCUGGUUUAACCAAAGCAACAGAAUCGGGAUCUGAUUAGAGCUCCAACAAAACUCCACCUUAACUCAUUAAAGGAGAAGAUUUUGGCUCUUCAAAAAAUCCAUUCAUGGUGGAGGGAUACAUGCAGGGCGCUGUGAGGCAAAAUAGUCCCCAAAGAAAACUUAUUAUUUCAGAUUUUCCACUAUUUUCCAUCAUCAACAUUCCAUGUAAACUCAGAAGACUCGUGUAGGUUCACUGGUGGUUCUGGAUAGUAAAUAAAAUGUCUGUAUUUGUGUUGUAGUCAUGGCGACCCCUGGUUCCUAUCACCACCACUGUACAUCUGACAUCUGACAUCUGAACCAUUUCACACCAAACCACUCUGUUUACAGCUCACACACUGAGUUAUGCAGGAAUUUUGAAAAAUCGGUGCAGUUCCCCUGUACCGGUCACUUUCUGCACACACAACGCUCUGCUUAAACAAACACAAUAAUGUCAAAAAUGAUAUUUAACGUUGCUUCCAACCUUCCAAACAUUUGGCCUGUUGUGUUUUUCCAUAUGAGUGAUGUUAAUGCGUGUUUAUGUUAUUAUGUGUGCAGAAUGUUCCACAUUAAAAGACUUCUGUGCCCA